AUGUCGUCCUUUGGCUCCGUCCUGCCUAGAACGGCACGCGGAAUUCUUUCAUCAUGCCGUGUUCCGUUACGGGGGCCCUCGAUUGCUCCCGUACUCUCCAACUUCCAGCAGGUUCGAGGCCUCAAGUCGAAGCCCAAGGGCAAGGGGAAGGAGCAACCUAGCAAGAGCCGCAGAGGCCCGCAGACAUUCAGGCAAAAGGAUUUGAAGGCUAUGCCGCAGUUUACCCUCUGCGAUGCCAUGCGAUAUAUCCGAGCCAUCGAAGUCGGCCGCGAACCCACUGUCCGCAAAUACGAACUGCACAUUCGCCUGAAAACAAAGCGAGAUGGACCUGUCAUUCGUAACAUGAUCCGAUUCCCGCACGCCGUCCAGACCGAAUCCCGCAUCUGUGUCAUAUGUCCUCCCGACUCGAAACACGCCAAGGAGGCGCUCGCCGCGGGUGCUGUUCUGGUUGGUGAGCAAGAAGUCUUCGAUUUGGUCAAGGCUGGCAAGAUUGAAUUUGAUCGCUGUCUUGCUCACCCCGACAGUUUGCCCGCCCUCAACAAGGCCGCGCUUGGUCGUGUCCUCGGUCCUCGGGGUUUGAUGCCCAGUGCGAAGACUGGUACUGUCGUCGAGAACGUGGCUGAGCGUGUGGAGAUGCUCCGCGGUGGUACUGUGUACCGUGAGCGUGAUGCCGUUAUCCGCUUGCCCAUUGGACAAUUGGGCUUCUCUCCGGAGGAACUGCGCGACAACAUGCGCGUGACCAUUGACCAGAUUAAAAAGGAUGCUUCCGGGCUAACUGACCGUGUCAACAAGGAGAUCUACGAAGUUGUACUGAGCUCGACCAACGGACCGGGCUUCUCACUCAACGGAGAGUUCCGCACCGACGACUCACCCGAAACCUCUGCCUUGAAGGGCGUGUAA